UAGUAUGGAAGAGUUAUUUCUUAAUCGCAUAUUAAACUCUGUGGAAAGCCUACGGAAUGAGUAUCGGGAGGUGAAGGAUAGUGUACGGAUUAUAAUGGGUGAUUUGCAGACAUUAAUUGAUCUUAGGAAACGUAGAGAUGAUGAGCGAAGAAUGUAUGAAUGUGAAAUGGUUACAAGAUUUGGCAGCAAUUGUGAUGAUGCGAAACUCGUGAACCAAAUGAUUUAUGAUGAAGGGAAAGGGGUUGAUUUGGAUAUCCAGCGAGUUCGUUUCAUCGAAGGGGGUAAUAAGUAUGAAACUAAGGUUGGAGAUAUCCAUGGUGGUGAAGUACCGAAGCGUAAAAGUCAAUCUGGGGAGUUGAAUCACCCCACUUCUUCUUCUGGUUUGAGUGGUAUUAAAUUUGGUUCUUUAAGUUCUACUAAUUUAUGUAAGAAAAAUGAAAAGGUUAUACAUAAGACGGAGGGUAGUUGUGGGGGAAUGAAGAGGGGAAAAUUUGACGAUAAAGUUUUUAAGAUGUCAUCCCAAUUUGGAGAAACUCUACUGCAGCGUGAGAUGUCGAUGAAAAAGGCUAGAGUAGGUACGAUAAAGCCGAUGACAUUAUCUACAGACGUUAAGGGAACAAGCCAUCGUCGGGCAGGUGCAUUAGGUGGUAGUUCCCAUAUUGGAAAGGGUGAGAGUAGUUCUCAGUCAUUGCCACUUAGCUCUGCACUAUUAAAGGGUGAUGUUCAGAUGAAAAUGAUUGGUCCGUUUAAUGCAAGUGCCCCGAUACUUGACGAUCCUGAUAUUGCGUCACUGGUUGAAUUUAUUUUUGACCCAGUUGUACCUGAUGAAAUAUUGGUGGAGACGGAUUUUAAUUUCCUCAGUAGAGAUUUGAUUAGAAGCUUGGGUCCGGGUAAAAAGGUGAUGGGUGAGGUGUUGAAUGUUGUUUGCGAGGUGAACACACGUGCAACUCUGCUAGUGUCAGCAGAAGACGGAAGAGCUUGGUAUUUGAAUACAAGAUUGACAGUAGCUGGAAUUAGCAUUGACAGUUUAUUCCCAAACAAUGGUCGUGAUGAUUCUGCGUGGAAGUUUUACUUUGGUGAUUUGAAGAAAUAUUUUUAUUCCAAUCCACAAUGA